AUGGUUAUAAAUACUCAAAAACUCAAACAAGCAAUAUUCUAUUUAUAUUCAAAUAAAAAUUGUCAUUUCUAUCCUCCUUCGAAAUAUCCUUUAACUCAUUUAAUUGGUCGUCAAACUAUUGAACGUCGUCUUUUAAAACAAGCAAAAUAUGUUAAACAUUUUCUAUAUUCAUUUAUUUUCCUUAUAACAUUUAUUUUAAUUAGUAUGAUAUUUUUUCAAGGACAUAUUUAUGUUUAUAAUUCAUUGUUUGGUCCUUUUCAUCUCAAUUUUGAAGAAUUUAUUAAACAUGUAGAAACUUAUCAAACUAAUCAAUCAUGCUUUUGGAAAAAAGAAUAUAUUCAACUUGAAUUAGGUGAAUAUAAUUUUCAAAUUCCAUUUGAUAAAUAUAAAAUUAUUCGAGAAUAUUCUGAUCCACUCACACGUCAGAAUCAUACUGCAACGUUUAAAUAUUUAAAAACACCAAGGAUUUAUAUGAAAUUACCAACAUUUCAGCAAAAACAUACUCGAGCACGACUUCGAUUCGAUUUUCUAUCAUAUUCAGUUUCAACAUUACAAUGUAUUGUUAGAAAUCUUCCAUCAAAUUCAAUGUUAAGAUAUCGAACAUGGGUCAAAAAAACUGAAUAUGUCAAUUAUAUAAAUGAACAAUAUAAAGGAAAUAUCACUUAUUUUAAUACGAUAGUAGUAAGAGAAUGUGGAAUUCUAAUUGGAUAUUUAUAUAAACCAGUUGAUGAAAAAGGUUUUCUAGGAACUCGAGAAUAUGAAUUUUAUUCAUAUGAUAUAGCAUUUAAUAGAACACACCACUAUUACUCAUUUGAUAAAUUAUUUAUUUAUGGAUUAAUUUUUAUUGGGUUAUUAUUGAUAUAUUUAUUUAAUUUUACAAUUUAUGUCUUAAAUAUAAUUGAUUUUAAAUUAUUUAAUAAAUUUGGAUUAUUAUUAUUUUCUUUAGAUUUAGAUUCCGAUGUAUUAGAAGAACUAUGGUUAUUAAAUAUUGAUAAUCUACCUCAUGAACAAUUAUUACAAUUAGAUGAAUUUAUUCGACAAAGUAAACAUAU